AUGGCUGCUCGUUUUGUCGCAAAGGCUUCCAUGCCCCUCGUGAGUAGCGUUCUGGGCAGCCAGCAACACUUUGUCCAGGAGCUCUACCUGCGCGAGCUCAAGGCGUACAAGCCACCACAAAAGGCCGCCGAUACGCACAUUGGUCAGGUCCGCGAGUUCGCGACCCCCUCUGCACCCAAGGCACCCGCAGCGCCAUCCUCGUCGGAGCUCGCAUCGCAGCUGGACGCAUACGCAUCCGCUGAGCCCGACCGCAUUGAAGCAUCCGCUAAGGGCUCCUCCGGCGAUUCGCUCACCGAGAGCGGCGAGGACGUCCACGCUUUCCUUGCCAACGCCGCGGCUGACAUCAAGGUCGAGGCUCACCAUUAA